AUGGAGACCGAAACGUUACCUUCAUCACUUGAUGAGGUAGAAGCUCUCGUUCAUCAACUAUACAAGGCUGGUCCUCCUCAACAGGUUUCAAAAAUUCAAGAAACUCUCCAAAAGCUACAGCGUUCUCCUGCUGGUUGGGAGCUGGCCAAUGGCUUACUGGGAAGCAACUCGGAAAAUGUCAAGUUCUUUGGGGCAUUGACGUUCACUAUCAAACUCAACACAGAUUCACAAUCUUUAAAGGAUGAUGAUGCACAAAUUGUGCUACAACAGAUCAUUGGAUGGCUUAUCAAAUGUUUGAAUUCUGGCUGCGGACCACUUGUCGUCAGAAAACUAUGCACAACAUUAGUCACUUAUUUCCUUCAUUUCUCUGGCUCUUGGGCUCGUUGCAUUUCUCAUCUCACAUACUGCCUUUGCCUUGGCGAGGCCGUUCCUUAUCAUAAAAUCGAGGAUGCUCCUACCAUGGCGGUCCUUGCCCAGAAUCUACCAGAUGACAAAAGUCUGGCGAUACUGUGGUUCUCAGCUACCUUGGUAGAAGAAGUUGGAAAAACAGAUUCAAAUUCAAUGAAGCAACACAAAUUUCACGAAUAUGUGGUUCAGAAUGUUGAAGACAUUGUGACUAUAUUGAAAAAGGGCAUUGUAAACACAACAGGGGUUCCUAUAAACACAAAGGUUCGUCAGGAAUCAAUGAAAUGUUUUCAGUCAUGGGUUCUUUACUCUCAUCGUGCAUUUCUCGAUGCUGCCAUUGUUCUUGAUCCUUUAAGAACUCUCACUCAGCCUGCAUUGAUGCUGAUCAUCGAUAAUGAUUUAUACGAAAUCACCGUGGAGCUGUUUGCAGACAUACUAGCGAACUACUCGUCAUUUCUUUCUGAGAAUGACUUCACGAUGCUUUACGAUCUCUUCAGUAGCUCUUGGGCACAGGAAAGAUAUGCAAAAUUGAUCCAAGGCGAUUUUGACUUUGAUUCAGUCCAGUUCGGUCAAUUCUUAUUGAGCUUCGGCGAUGCCACGGUGCAAGAUCUAGCCCAAAAUAUCUCGACCGAUUCUCGAAGUCAGCAGAUACUUUCUGCUCUUGUAGGAUUACUUGGCGCUGAUGGUUAUAUCGUCAAUGAAGACAAGAUAUUCGUCCCAGCAGUAGAAUUCUGGGCUAUCUAUCUGGAAACUGUACUCGACUUGUCAUACAACGUGGAUGCUUCGCCUCCUUGGCUACCAGCAGCGCGAUCAGUGCUGAUGCAAGCAAUUGAGAAAUGCUGGCAAAAAAUGCAAUUCCCUCCCAAACAUGAAUUCAGUUCGUGGGAUUCAAAUGAGCGUGCUGCCUUCAAAGAUGCUCGAAGAGACGUGGGAGACUUGAUACAACAAUCGUACAUGUUACUUGGCUUACCACUUGUUUCUAGCUUUGUUGACCUCAUCUUGAAAUCGGUUGAGAAAGGAAAUGCUUGGGGUGAACUCGAAGCCUCAUUGACCUGCUUAGCUGAAUUUCAGGACUAUAUAAAGGAGGAGUCAGAUGAAUACUUGGACAAAGUUUUUGGGUCGCCACUUUUCUCUAUGCUUACGAGGUCUGAUUCAACUGUCCCUUCACGCACCAGGCAAGCGUUCCUGAUGGUCAUCAAUGGCUAUCCAGAUUACUUUGAACGUCAUACACAACAUCUUCCGAGCGCCCUUAAUCUUAUGUUCAGUAUGUUGCAUUCACCAACGUUGGCCAGAGUGACAUCAAAGUCAAUCGCGAUGCUUUGUUCAUCCUGCCGAAAAGUACUUGUCCCUGAACUUGCGGCGUUUCUGCAGCAAUACAGUGAGAUCAAUCGAGAGAACUCUGUAGAAAGUUACGCAAAAGAAGGUGUCAUUGGCGCUAUAGCAUCAAUUAUUGAAGCAAUGCCGAACGAUGAAUUGAAGCUGGAUCCUCUUAGACAAUUGUUGGAAUUUGUUCAGAGGGACCACGAACGAAGCCUUCAUUUAUUGAGCACACAAUUCACAAAUGCGGCCUCAAAUACACAGGUGCCGGAUAGCCAAGCAGCUGCUGAUGAAGUUGAACUCACUGCUAUACGAUGUCUGAUAAGUAUCGGAAAAGGUCUUCAAGUACCAGCUGAUACCCCUGUUGAUCUUAACACUAGUGAAAAUAGUUAUUCAUACUGGAAGAAUGGCAAUGGCAGAGGAAUUCAAGUACAGGUUCUGAACAUUCUUACCGCAGCUAACGAAGCUUUCCCUGGCCAUGGUGAGGUAACAGAGGAAAUCUCACAUGUUUUCCGCACUGGCUUGGUCGAAACUGAUGGUCCAUUUGCUUUCCCUCCUGAGGAUGUCGCCAAAUCAAAUUAUCAGACACCUCGUGUUAUCACAGUCAUCAACACCGCCUGCUCGCUCAUUAAUUCAUGUAACACAGCAUCAGAUGAGCGCAACAAUCAGGUUUCAAGUGCCUUGUUGACAUGGGUCUCUGGAUUGAUGGAAGCUAUAAAUCACGAGCCCAGCAAUGACCCAGAGAUCUCGCAACCAAGCAUAGAGUUCCUCCACCGUCUAAUCUCCACCCCCAAAAAUCUCCACAUUCUCCUGAACCAUGAGCCCAAAUCCUCACUGGAACACAUUUUCAUGUUUACCCUCAAAGCCCUCACAGGCCGGGAUCCACUACCCAAACAAAGUGCUGCUGAAUUCUGGGCCUCAUUCGUUUCCCUCCCUACCAACAACCCCGAUACCCACGUCCAACAAGCCAUUACCAACGCUCUUCAACAUCUCGGGCCACUCCUCGCCCAAGCCCUGAUCUACAAUAUUGGUGGUGCAGCCGCUCGCAGCGAACUUGAUAAACUUUCUGAUCCGCUGCGAAAACUUGUUGUGAGUCAGGUGAGAGCAAAGAGUUGGUUGGAAGCUGCGUUAAUGGACGGAAACUUCCCGAGUGACAAGGUAGAUCAGAAGGAGAAAAUGGUAUUUUUGGCCAAGGUUAUGAACCUUCGUGGUGCUAGGGGAACAAAUUCGGUGGUGAGAGAAUUCUGGUUGGCGUGUAGAGGAUCAAAUUUUGCAUAUGUUUCUUGA